UUUUACAUGGUAUCAGAGCUAUAGGUUAAGCUCUUGGUGCUCUUCGCCUUCUGGCGGGCGGCAACUUUGCCUUAACCACCCGCCAGACCUCAACCAAUUGAAACCUCUAACACAUACCUUCUCUCCAAUCACCGCCAAUAACCACUGCAGCAACUCACACCACCUUCUCAAGCUUUUCUUUCUACUACUGUUUAGUUCAGUCUCUAAAGGGAGAGAAAAACAGAGUUCUAGAGAGAAAAACAGAGCAACAAUGGAGGGUAAGGAAGAGGAUGUGAAGCUUGGAGCUAACAAGUUCACAGAGAGACAACCAAUAGGCACAGCAGCUCAGACAGACAAGGACUACAAGAAGCCACCACCAGCUCCCUUGUUUGAGCCAGGGGAGUUGAAAUCAUGGUCCUUUUACAGGGCUGGGAUUGCAAAGUUCAUGGCCACUUUCCUCUUCUUAUACAUCACUCUUUUGACUGUCAUGAGUGUUGUUAGGGCACCUACCAAGUGUGCCUCUGUGGGUAUUCAAGGGAUUGCUUGGGCUUUUGGUGGUAUGAUCUUUGCCCUUGUCUACUGCACUGCUGGUAUCUCAGGAGGACAUAUUAACCCAGCAGUGACCUUUGGAUUGUUUCUGGCAAGGAAGCUGUCCCUAACAAGGGCUGUUUUCUACAUAGUGAUGCAGUGCCUUGGUGCCAUAUGUGGCGCUGGUGUUGUCAAGGGCUUCCAGCCAUCUAUCUAUCAGGCAAAUAAUGGUGGGGCCAAUUUUGUGGCACAUGGUUACACCAAGGGUGAUGGCCUUGGUGCUGAGAUUGUUGGCACCUUUGUCCUUGUCUACACUGUCUUCUCUGCCACUGAUGCCAAGAGAAAUGCCAGAGACUCCCAUGUCCCUCUUUUGGCUCCUCUUCCAAUUGGGUUCGCGGUGUUCUUGGUUCAUUUGGCCACCAUCCCCAUCACAGGAACUGGCAUCAAUCCAACCAGAAGUCUUGGAGCUGCAAUCAUCUUCAACAGGGAUCAUGUUUGGGAUGACCAUUGGAUCUUCUAGGUUGGACCCUUCAUUGG